AGGGCUCGUUGAAAGGCUUUAUUUAUUCUUCUAAAUUCACUAAUAUGCAGUUGAUUCUUGAGGAUUCUCAAGAACGCAAAUAACGAGCUCCUACACCCUUCAGCCUCAACAUCUCUCAACACUGCUAAAUAAAUUUUCAAGAAAAAGAAGCUCUGAAUUUCCCAAACGGCGUAGAUCGUGAAAGCGGCUGACACGCAAUCAAGCCCAGCGACCCGACAGCAGCUUAGAGUUGGCGCACUGCCCGCUGGGAACUGUAGUCCCAGCCCGUUGCGGUCCCAGCUAAAGCCCGGGUCCUGUUCAUUGUUGAAGCAGGUCUUCGGCGUACGCCUGCGCAGUCAGCAGCUGGAAAGGCCUGUGGUUGAGACCCCCCGCACAACUCCUUUUCAUUGUCUGUGCUCGGCGCCUGCGCAGUAGGAGUUCGCCGGGACUGGGCCGGAGAAGGGGUAGGGCCGGGCUCCUCGCCCUCUCCCCAGGCGCCUGCGCACUGAGCGGCCGCUCCUUGCCGUUACCGCUAUGUGCGGAGCGUGUGUGGAAUAACGUUAUUGCCCAGCAGCGCCGAGGGGCCCAGAGUUCGACCGCGGCGGCGGCGGCGACGACGACAGGGUGGGGGAGGACGCUUGCGAAAGACUCACGGGACGCGGCGCGCCCCGCCCCCCCGUCCGGUGCCUCUCAGCAGUGAGGGGAUGACGUAGCUUUCCCAAAGACUUAGAAGCUAAACAGAAAAUGAGCUUAACAUCCUGGUUUUUGGUGAGCAGUGGAGGCACUCGCCACAGGCUGCCACGAGAAAUGAUUUUUGUUGGAAGAGAUGACUGUGAGCUCAUGUUACAGUCUCGUAGUGUGGAUAAGCAACAUGCUGUAAUCAAUUAUGAUGCCUCUACUGAUGAACAUUUGGUGAAAGAUUUGGGCAGUCUAAAUGGGACUUUUGUGAAUGAUGUUAGAAUUCCAGAACAGACUUACAUCACCUUGAAACUUGAAGAUAAGUUGAGAUUUGGAUAUGAUACAAAUCUUUUCACUGUAGUACGAGGAGAAAUGAGGGUCCCUGAAGAAGCUCUCAAGCAUGAGAAAUUUACCAUUCAGCUUCAGUUGUCUCAAAAAUCUUCAGAAUCAGAAUUAUCAAAAUCUGCAUGUGCCAAAAGCAUAGAUUCAAAGGUAGCAGAUUCUGCAACAGAAGUGCAGCACAAACCUACAGAAGCACUAAAAUCUGAGGAGAAAGCUGUUGAUACUUCUGCCAUGCCCCGUGGUACUCCGUUAUAUGGGCAGCCUUCAUGGUGGGGGGAUGAUGAGGCAGAUGAACAAAGACCUUUCAAGUCAAAUGGCAAACCCGAAGAGAAAAAUCACGAAAUUGGAACAUCAGGGUGCAGCAUAGAUGCCAAGCAAGUUGAAGAACAAUCUGCAGCUGCAAGUGAAGAAGUACUUUUUCCUUUCUGUAGGGAACCAAGUUAUUUUGAAAUCCCUACAAAAGAAUUUCAGCAACCAUCACAAAUAACAGAGAGCACUAUUCAUGAAAUCCCAACAAAAGACACACCAAGUUCUCAUACAACAGGUGCAGGGCAUGCUUCAUUUACCAUUGAAUUUGAUGACAGUACCCCAGGGAAAGUAACUAUUAGAGAUCACGUGACAAAAUUUACUUCUGAUCAGCGCCACAAGUCAAAGAAGUCUUCUCCUGGAACUCAAGACCUGCCAGGGAUUCAAACUGGAAUGAUGGCACCUGAAAACAAAGUAGCUGACUGGCUAGCACAGAACAACCCUCCUCAGAUGGUAUGGGAAAGAACAGAAGAGGAUUCCAAAAGUAUUAAAAGUGAUGUUCCAGUUUACUUGAAAAGGUUGAAAGGAAACAAACAUGAUGAUGGUACACAAAGCGACUCAGAAAAUGCUGGGGCUCACAGGCGCUGUAGCAAGCGUGCAACUCUUGAGGAACACUUAAGGCGCCACCAUUCAGAACAGAAAAAACUACAGAAGGCCCAGGCUACUGAAAAGCAUCAAGACCAAGCUGUUGUAAGUCAAACUGCUUUUAUGAUUGCAUUCUUUGAUGAAGACAAUCCCAGAAAAAGAAGGUCAUAUUCUUUCACUCAGAGUACGGGAAUCUUGUGUCAGGAAACUACUUAUUCAGCACCACAUACAAAACUUGAAAAAACAAAAUCUCCAACAGCAGAUGCCAAAGUGGUUUCUUUGUCUUUACAGACUAGCUCUGCGCACCACAGAGGGGGGCAUGGUGUUCCACAUGGGAAAUUGUUAAAACAGAAAUCAGAGGAGCCAUCGGUGUCAAUUCCCUUCCUACAAACUGCAUUAUUAAGAAGUUCAGGGAGUCUUGGGCACAGACCAAGCCAGGAGAUGGAUAAAAUGUUAAAAAAUCAAGCUACUUCCGCUGCUUCUGAAAAGGAUAAUGAUGAUGACCAAAGUGACAAGGGUACUUAUACCAUUGAGUUAGAGAAUCCCAACAGUGAGGAAGUGGAAGCAAGAAAAAUGAUUGACAAGGUAUUUGGAGUAGAUGACAAUCAAGAUUAUAAUAGGCCUAUUAUCAAUGAAAAACAUAAAGAUCUGAUAAAAGAUUGGGCUCUCAGUUCUGCUGCAGUAGUCAUGGAAGAAAGAAAACCACUGAGUACACCUGGAUUUCACAUCUCAGAGGAAGGUACAUCUUCGUCUGGAAACAAGCGUUGGGUUUCACAAUGGGCUAGUUUGGCUGCCAAUCAUACAAGGCAUGAUCAAGAAGAAAGAAUAAUGGAGUUGUCUGUACCUGUUCCUUUAGAGCAUGAUACAGACAUCAGUGAAUCUGGCAUUUCACUGAGAAGUACUGGCUCAGCAACUUCCUUGGCUAGUCAGGGAGAGAGAAGGAGGCGAACCCUUCCCCAGCUUCCAAGUGAAGAAAAGUCUCUUGAGAGCUCCAGAACAAAGGUUAUAGCACAGAGGUCAGAGAUAGGAGAAAAGCAAGACACGGAGCUUCAGGAGAAAGAAGCACCUGCACAGGUAUACCAGAAAGAUAAACAAGACACUGACAGAGCCUUGAGUAAGAUGAACAGGGCGGUAAAUGGUGAGACUCUUAAAAAUGGUGGAGAUAGUAAAGCCCUGCUUCACUUAGGCAGCUCUUACUCUGGGAAGGAGAAAAGUGAAACUGAUAAGGAAGCUUCUUUGGUAAAGCAAACAUUAGCUAAAAUCCAGCAACAAGAACAAAAGGAGCAGGCACAAUGGACACCUACUAAAUUAUCUUCUUCAAAAACCAUUGCGGGUCAGAUAGAUAGAUGUAGGGAGGAGUCUUUUAAGCAGGAGUCACAGCCUCAAGAAAAAAUUCCAGGACUUUCUGCAGGCAAAGGAGAAAGAGCAAUACAAAAUGAGGGUAAGAGAAGAAAAGCUGAGGAAAUUCUGAAAAGUCAGACCUCAAAGGGAGGAGACAAGAAGGAAUCCUCCAAGUCGUUAGUGCGACAAGGAAGCUUCACUAUAGAAAAACCUAGCCCCAACAUACCCAUAGAACUUAUCCCCCAUAUAAAUAAACAGCCUUUAUCAACACCCCCUUCCUUAGCAUUAACAACAGCCAGCAGAAUAAGAGAAAGAAGUGAUUCUAUGGAUACUGAUUCUAGUAUGGACACAACCCUUAUUCUAAAAGACACAGAAGCAGUAAUGGCUUUUCUAGAAGCUAAACUGCGUGAAGAUACUAAAACUGAUGAAGGCCCAGAUACUCCCAGUUAUAACAGAGACAACUCCAUUUCACCUGAAUCUGAUGUGGACACAGCUAGUACCAUCAGUCUGGUUACUGGAGAGACUGAAAGAAAGUCAACCCAAAAGCGAAAGAGUUUCACUAGUCUCUAUAAAGAUAGGUGUUCCACAGGUUCUCCUUCCAAAGAUGUUACAAAGUCGUCAUCUUCGGGUGCUAGGGAGAAAAUUGAAAAAAAAACAAAAAGCCGUUCUGCAGAUAUAGGUUCUCGGGCAGAGGGUCGUAAAUUUGUGCAGUCCAGUGGAAGAAUAAGGCAGCCUUCAGUAGAUUUAACAGAUGAUGACCAAACCUCUAGUGUACCUCACUCGGCCAUCUCUGAUGUUAUGUCAUCUGACCAGGAAACUUACUCUUGUAAAUCUCAUGGAAGGACUCCACUUACCUCAACUGAUGAGCACGCACAUUCCAAACUAGAAGGAAGUAAAGUAACUAAAUCCAAGACUUCUCCUGGAGCACCUGGUUCGUCCAGUAAAUCCACCACUCUCCCAAGGCCACGACCUACCAGGACUUCCCUCUUGCGCAGAGCCCGACUCGGAGAAGCUUCGGACAGUGAACUUGCUGAUGCUGACAAAGCAUCUGUUGCUUCUGAAGUGUCCACAACAAGUUCGACAUCCAAACCUCCCACAGGAAGGCGUAACAUUUCUAGGAUUGAUUUGUUGGCUCAGCCUCGGAGAACAAGGCUUGGCUCAUUAUCGGCUCGCAGUGACUCUGAAGCAACGAUCUCUAGAAGUAGUGCCUCUUCACGGACCGCAGAAGCCAUCAUUAGAAGUGGAGCCAGAUUAGUACCUUCAGAUAAAUUUUCUCCUAGAAUUAGAGCUAACAGUAUCUCUCGACUAUCCGACUCCAAGGUCAAAAGUAUGACCUCAGCACAUGGCUCUCCUUCAGUAAAUUCAAGAUGGAGGCGCUUUCCUACUGAUUAUGCUUCCACCUCAGAAGAUGAAUUUGGAUCAAACCGUAAUUCCCCUAAACAUACCCGUCUACGUACUUCUCCAGCCCUGAAAACGACUCGAUUGCAGAGCUCUGGGUCAGCAAUGCCUACUAGUUCUUCAUUCAAACACCGGAUAAAAGAACAGGAAGACUACAUCCGAGAUUGGACUGCCCAUCGAGAAGAAAUAGCCAGGAUCAGCCAAGAUCUCGCUCUCAUUGCUCGGGAAAUCAACGAUGUAGCAGGAGAGAUAGAUUCAGUGACCUCCUCAGGCACUGCCCCUAGUACCACAGUAAGCACUGCCGCCACCACCCCCGGCUCUGCCAUAGACACUAGAGAAGAGGUAGGAGAUCUUCAUGGAGAGAUGCAUAAGUUAGUUGAUCGUGUUUUUGAUGAAAGCCUCAACUUCCGAAAGAUCCCUCCAUUAGUUCAUUCUAAAACACCAGAAGGAAACAACUGUCGGUCUAGUGACCCAAGACCUCAACCAGCAGAGCCUCCUGAUCACUUAACAAUUACAAGGCGGAGAACCUGGAGCAGGGAUGAAGUCAUGGGAGAUAAUCUGUUGCUCUCAUCCGUCUUUCAGUUCUCUAAGAAGAUAAGACAGUCUAUAGAUAAAACAGCUGGAAAGAUCAGAAUAUUAUUUAAAGACAAAGAUCGGAAUUGGGAUGAAAUAGAAAGCAAGUUAAGAGCUGAAAGUGAAGUCCCUAUUGUGAAAACCUCAAGCAUGGAGAUUUCUUCUAUCUUACAAGAGCUAAAAAGAGUUGAAAAGCAGCUACAAGCUAUCAAUGCUAUGAUUGACCCGGAUGGAACUUUGGAGGCUCUGAACAACAUGGGAUUUCCCAGUGCUAUCUUGCCAUCUCCACCAAAACAGAAGUCCAGUCCUGUGAAUGACCACAGCAGCCCGGGUCAGACACCGGCACUUUGCCAACCAGAAGCUAGGGUUCUUCAUCCUGCUGCUGGUGCGGUCUCAGCCGAAUUUGAGAAUGCCGAGUCUGAGGCUGAUUUCAGUAUACAUUUCAAUAGGUUCAACCCCGAUGGGGAAGAGGAGGACGUUACAGUACAGGAAUGACUUUCUCUUGCUUGUUAAAAUAUUUACCUGUGGAAUGACUAGAAUUAUUGGAAACAGCGUAGUGUUGACUUUUAGAGAAAAUAAGACAGCUUGGUCAACUGCAAUCUUGUUAUCUCUGUCUUCUUAAUUUUAUUUAUUUAUUUUUUAUCUAUAACGUGGAGCCAUAGUAAUCCUUUCGAACCAUUGAGAUGACCAUUUGAUGCACAUAGAGGAAAAACUAGAUUGUGAAACUUUCACAUUUUGUGGUUUUUAUGAUUUUCAAAUUGAAUUAGAUAAUUGCAUCCUUUCCCUUCAUAGAUCUUUGUUUUUUUUUCUUUAAGCCAUGCUGUGACCUACAAGCAAACUAAAUACCCAACCUUUCUGACCCCCAUGUCUCCUGUGCCAAGCUGCUCCCUGAAAUGGACUUGCUCUUCGUCUGUACAGAUUUGUUAAACACUUAUAUUUGCUUCUUAAUAAUAGGAUUUAUAUUAGUAUUCAUUACCAUUGGAUACAAUGACAUAUUGCUCUCCACAGUCAAACUGACCUUUCAGAACAGUCCUUCUUGUGUUCUAAAAUUUUCCAACAUAUAUGUGAUUUAUAUAACUUUGUUGCUGCGUAAAUUGUCUUAGGGUUUAUGGAAAUGAACUAUUAUGUUUGCACUAAGAUUUGCUGGGAGUGGUAGGUGGACAUAUCUAUAUAUCAAUAAGGACUAACCAUCGGUUUUUGUAUAUAGGAGAUUGAUAAUUGUAUUUGUUUUAACCCCACAGUGUUUUACUCCACUUUCAAAAAGAUCAAUUUGGCACUUUUUCCCCCUUUUUUUUUUUUUUUUAGUGAAAGUAAGAUUUUGUCUCAUUUUAGGGCAAAUGAUAAGUAGAAGGAUUAAACUAGACAGAUAGGUUAUAGGUGGAGUCUAUUUUUAAAACCAAGAACAUGUAUACAGGUCCUGUGUUACCAAGUUUGUAUGUGACAGUUGAAAAAAUUUUUCCCUUGAAAUGAUCAUGAGAUUAAAAUUUGGGGCGUUAGGAAACUUGGAGAACCAGUAGUCAUAAGAUUAGUAGAUAGUUUCACUCCCAAGCAAUGAAUUGCUUCUGUGUAUUUCCCUGUAGGACCCAAUAGUAAAUCCUGUCUCAGUCGUAUACAUUUAUAAGGACCCUACAAGAUGACGACCAAGGCUUUGGGCCUAUGCUAAACAGGAAGCUUAUGAAAAGUAUCUUCUAUUAACUUGUUUUUUCUCUUUUCAGUAAGUUCACAUUUGGAUAAGUUUAAAAAGAAAGUAAUUAUCUUUAUGUUUCCAGAACACUAUAAUUUUGGGUAAUUCUUAAUUCAAUUAAAUAUUAUUAGUAGACCUGGAUUUUUGAAACCCUUGAUCCCAUCAGUUUAUAAAGGUUAAAGCUGCAACUUUUGCAAGUUUCAUGAAAGUCUUUAAUAUUUCAGCAAUAAUCCUUUGCUACAUUUGUUUUAAGAAAGUAACUGUUCAAUUCAAAAAUUUACAGGAUUUUUUAAAAUCCUGUAAUGUUGGGCCAGUUAAUAAAGAUGCAAAAAAAAAAAAACCUGUUUUUAGAGACAUAGAAACAAAAGUCUGUUGUAUAAUGGAUCUCAUUAUUUUUCUUUAAAUUUUAAAAAAAAAGAGCAAAUGAACUGUUCUCCUUGUAAAGCUAAAUUCCCCAUUCUGUCUAAUAAAGGAAGACCGCAAAAAUGGUUUUAACGAGCAUGAAUGGAAAGAUACCAAUGCUUUGAAGGAAUAAAUGAAAUGUUAAAACAUGGUUGAUCCAUUUGAAGAAAGAGUAGAAAAAGUUAAUCACCACUGUUUCAUCUUUGUUUAAUGUUUGGGUACUGAUGAUAUCAAUAUGGAAGUCGAAGGUAAGGAGUUGUUUAGGAAAAUAUUAGCGUCUAUUCUACUUACAUUAUCAUUUAAGUGUUUACACAGUUUUGUUCAAUUACAAACAUUUGGCCUUUUACUAUGUUAUUUUUAUUUUGUAUGAAUACAUUAUUCUCCUUAUUUAUUUUUGUUACCUUUAUUACUUAUGUUAUUUUGUUAUGCAUUUACAACUCCAUUUUUAAAUAAAGUGUUUCUGGAACUUU